ACAACCAGGUAGUAGAGAAGGGGGUGGUUACCUUGUUAAGCAAGUCUUUCUAUGGGCUAUCAAACUCUAUAAAUACCCUUUCUUUUUGCUUUCAAUUCCUUCCUUUGUUCUUCCCUUUUCCUUUCCUUUCCUUUCUCUCUUUUUUCCUAUUUUUGCGUUUCUCCUUCUUUUCCUCUCCCUUUCUUUCCUAGGGUUUUGUCCCUUCUAUUUCGGUUUGCACUUCUUAUUUUUCUAUUUGGAUCUUUCAGGGUUUUUGUCUUUUUGAUCUGAGAACUGCGUUUUUAGACAUCAGUUAUUGUUUGAUUGAUAGGAAAAUCAUAAUUGAAGACACGGACUCACGUUCUGGGAUUAGGUGGAUGCAUCUAGACGAAGAAAUAGCACAGCUUGUCUUUGAGUGUACUUGGAGAAAAUUCAAUCAUACACGAGCUAAAUUAGUGUACUUGGUGCGUUUUGUUGGAGCUAUAGAAAAUUCACUGUGCAAAUAAUGUUUGGCCACCUGCUAUAAAUGCAGUGUAGUUUUGGGGAUGAGAAGCUUUCAGGAAGUCUAUGCUUAAUGGACUGCUUUCCUAGCAGUAGUGAUAAGAAAACAUUGAAGAGGUGGUUUUUUAUUGAUAAAAGGGUUGGGUAAAAAAAAAAAAAAAAAGAAACUCUGUAUAAGGUUAAUAUAUCUGUGUUUUAGGCAGAGUGAACACUUAAUUUUACAUUUGAGAAGGACUGUUACAAGUCAUUUGAAUCCAAUGGACAUGAAGUCUAGUAGUUCAUCUCCAGUACUUACUGAUCCUGCACCGAUAAACAAGUCAAGACUUUGCAUCCAUUCUAAUCUGUUGGCUUAUCCACAAUCUGGAGCAUCUUUUUCCUCUGGCAAGCAUAUAAAUAUUCCCAGGAAAAAGCCAGGAAAGCUUGAUGAUGUUCGCUCCAAUGGAUGGCUUGAUGCCAUGAAAUCCUCUUCACCCCCUCGUAAGAAGCACAUUAAGGAUUUCAGUAUUGAACUUGCUUCAGAUGAGACUGACAUUGCCGACUACUCAUGGAUGCUUAAGUAUCCAUCAGCACUCAACUCUUUUGAGCAAAUUACAAAUUUUGCAAAGAAGAAGAAGAUAGCAAUAUUUCUAGAUUAUGAUGGGACUCUCUCUCCAAUAGUCGAUGAUCCGGAUCAGGCCCUUAUGUCUAGUGAUAUGCGUUCUGCUGUAAGAAAUGUUGCAAAGUAUUUCCCAACAGCAAUUAUUAGUGGAAGGAGUCGUGAUAAAGUGUAUGAAUUAGUAGGACUAACAGAGCUCUAUUAUGCUGGUAGUCAUGGGAUGGAUAUAGUGGGCCCUAUUAAUAAGGCAGUGUCCAAUGACCAUCCAAAUUGUAUUCAAUCAACUGACCAACAGGGCGAGGAGGUAAAUCUGUUCCAGCCUGCUAUAGAAUUUAUACGUAUGAUCGACGAGGUUUUUAGAACCCUUGUUGAGAAUACUAAAGAAAUCAAAGGUGCAAAAGUUGAGCAUCACAAGUUUUGUGCUUCUGUACAUUACCGUAAUGUAGAAGAGAAGAACUGGCCUGCUAUUGCACAAAUUGUGCAUGAUAUUCUAAAACAGUAUCCUCGUCUAAAAUUAACUCAUGGGCGGAAGGUUUUAGAGGUUCGUCCCGUAAUUGACUGGAACAAAGGGAAAGCUGUUGAAUUUCUGCUAGAAUCCCUUGGCCUCAAUAACCAUGAUGAUGUGCUCCCAAUUUAUAUUGGUGAUGACCGGACCGAUGAAGAUGCAUUCAAGGUAUUGCGCGAAGGUAAUAAAGGUUAUGGCAUUCUGGUAUCUUCUACACCGAAAGAAACCAACGCUUUUUAUUCCCUGAGGGAUCCAACAGAGGUAAUGAAAUUUCUGAAUUCGCUGGUGAGAUGGAAAAAGCUACAAGAAGGGGGACGCUCCAUGAAUAACAGAUGGAGCAUAUAAUGAAGAAGGUCCAGAUAGCACUAGGCAUUUGAUUUUUAAAAAUUUUACAGAUGAUAAUAAACUUCCAAAGCAGUUGAGGAGCUGCAUUGUUUGAAGGUUAAAGUUUGGUGAUCUUUCUUGUAAAUCCAUUUUCUUAAGUUUUGAUUAUUUCAUUAUUAACAUAUAUAGAUAUUGUAAAAUUAAAUUUUCUUAUACUUUUUGGUCGAAUUGUGAUUUGUGAGCUAAAAGCUCUGUUUUAUGCAAUUCAUUAUAUGU